AUGGUCCUGGAUCCCGUAAUCUCACAUGACGACACGAUUUGGAACUCUAAUGGGAUGAAUGAGUUGAAGUGCCUUGAAUUGCUAGUACAGAGUUACAAACCCUUGACUUGUCGCAUGCAUCAAUGGUUCUUGAAGCACAUCAUCAUGAUCUCGUCCUCCUGUGCAAUGUGUUUGAGAUGUACAGCUUUUGAGAAUGCAGUAGCAUCAAACUCUGCAGACGAGCCUCCUUGGGUUAUCGCAUCACGGUUACGUGAUCAUCUCCUUUUGCCUAGAGAAAGAAGAGAUCCUCUGUUAUGGACUAAAGGUUGA